AAAGAUGUACACGUAACAAAAAAAACAAAAACACAGUUGGAUGCGUAUAGUCAUAUCUUUAAAAUGAGACAUUGACCAUAACCCUACUACCAAAAAUAAAAGCUUGAAAGUGUGAGGUAUAACAUUGUUAUUACAGAGAAUAAAACUCAAGGUCAUUUCUCUACAGCCAGCUCUGAAGUGCAAAGUCAUUUUAGCUCCUGAAAUUCAAAGUUAAUUAGAUGUCUAUAAUAUUCUAUACUUGUACUAAAUUGAUUUUAAAAUUGCACUAAAUGAUUUCAAGACCAUCACACACUGACUAGACAACUCUGAUAAUGCUCCCAGGAAUCUAUCCUUAGGCAUAGGCAUAGGGUCAAAGACCACGGUCUGUAAUUACCAUCCAAUAUGUAUGCUAACACCGGUUUCCUGUCCAGUUCACUUCCUACUGACAGAAGCAUCAGUGCAACGUCCAACCAACUAUCUUCCACUGGCUACUGACUUGUGUAAAAGCAUAUUUUUUGUAGUUUACAGGUCAGCAAGGGAGCAUGGUGUUGAUACUAAGAAAUAUGUAUUAUGUCUACCAUUACCUUAACCAAGAUUUAAAAGACCCCCGGACUGAGCACUUCCCCCUCAUGGCGAGUCCGGUGCCUGUUCUGCUGUUGCUGAUGCUCUACAACCUGUUCGUGCAGUGGUGGGGCCCCUUACUCAUGGCAGACCGCAAACCCUUCAAUCUCGACAAGCUAAUGAUAGUCUACAACCUUUUCCAAGUCAUCGCCAGUGCCUUCAUAUUCGUAGAGGGAUUUAGACUCGGAUGGGGAAGAGACUACAACUACUUGUGUCAGCCAGUGGACUGGAGUGACACUCCUCAUAACAGAAAGAUUGUGUUUAUUGUAUACCUGUACUUCUGUCUGAAGAUUACUGAUCUCUUGGAUACUAUUUUCUUUGUGAUAAGGAAAAAGUUCAGUCAAGUGUCAUUCCUGCAUAUUUACCAUCACACAAUGAUGGUGGUGUUGGGUUGGAGUGGAGUCAAGUGGCUGCCAGGAGGCCAUGACACUUUCAUAGGCUGGGUAAACUCCUUGGUACAUAUGGUCAUGUACUCGUACUACUUGGUAACCACAUUAAGGCCAGAAUACAAAGGGAACCUUUGGUGGAAGAAAUAUAUCACACAGUUACAAAUGGUACAGUUCCUAGUGUUUAUCUUGCACUCUGUGGUCCUGCUGCUGGUACCAGACUGUGGCUACCCGAGGUUCACAGCUGGAGUCUUCAUUCCACAGAACACCUUCAUGUUCAUUCUCUUCUAUGACUUUUAUAGGAAAGCUUAUUUUAAUAAAAAGAGUACAAAAUAAA